CCGGGCCUGCAACUUUAAACCCCGGCCCAUAAACUGCGCUGAGUCUUCUUCCUCUCGCUGGUUCCUCCGAUGGUGUUUGCCGCCACAAUCAGCUCCUCGAAGAGAUCAAUGAACCAAACAUGACCGAUGCACCCUUCACUUCACUCCCAUUUUCGAAUAACACCUAACACAUAGUUAGUUACUAUUACUAUUUACCACACUCUCUCACACACACGCACACACGUACACAAUCUCCAUUUUCAACUGCAACAAUGUCGAUAUCAACGUCACUAUCCUCAGUCCCCGCUCGUCUCACACUCCUCGCUCUCUUCUCCGCCACCACCUUCUACUGCCUCUACAAAUCUCGCCGCCUCAGACUCCUUAAACACAAACUCUACCCCAACCCUAACCCUAACCCUAACCCUAAGAUCCUCUUUCUCUCCGAAACCGGCACCGCCAAAUCCCUCGCCCGCCGCCUCCACCGCCUCCUCGCCUCCAACGGCGUCGCAUUCGACGUCGUUGAUUGCCAACACUACGAGCCCGAGGACCUCCCCAAGGAAACGCUCAUCCUCCUCGUCGCCUCCACGUGGCAGGACGGCGCUCCCCCCGCCGCCUCCCGCUUCUUCCGCUCCUACGGCGACUCCUUCAACGCCGUCGCCAGAGGGCUCGCCAAGCACCUGAGGGCCCUCGGCGCUGCUGAGGUGGUUCCGCUUUGCGAAGGCGACGUCGACGGUGGUGACGUGGACGCGGUUUUCGAUCGGUGGUGUGCCAAGGUGGUUGAGGUUUUGAAAGGCGGUGGUGGUGAUGAUGUUGCCGCCGUGGAAUAUGGCGACGUUUCGAGUUCCGAGGAGGAUUCUGAUGGGGAGAGUGAGAUCGUUGAUCUUGAGGACAUUGCUGGUAAAGCUCCUUCGCGGAAGUCGGUGGCUAAUGGGGAGGAGAGUAAUGGGAAAUUGAAUGGGAAAAAAGAAAUGGUGACUCCGGUGAUUCGAGCAAAUUUACAGAAGCAGGGGUAUAAAAUUAUUGGAUCGCAUAGUGGUGUCAAGCUUUGUAGAUGGACCAAGGCGCAGCUUCGAGGGCGAGGUGGUUGUUAUAAGCACUCGUUUUAUGGAAUUGAGAGCCACAGAUGCAUGGAGGCAACCCCUAGUUUGGCAUGCGCAAAUAAAUGUGUUUUCUGCUGGAGGCAUCACACAAAUCCAGUAGGGAAAAGUUGGCAGUGGGAGAUGGAUGAUCCAAUAGAGAUUAUAAAUACUGCAAUAGACCUGCAUACAAAUAUGAUUAAACAGAUGAAAGGAGUUCCUGGAGUCACCUUGGAGCGAUUAAAUGAAGGUCUCUCACCACGUCAUUGUGCAUUAUCUCUUGUUGGUGAACCUAUUAUGUAUCCAGAGAUAAAUGCACUUGUGGAUGAACUGCACAAAAGGAGAAUUUCCACUUUUCUGGUUACAAAUGCACAAUUUCCAGAUAAAAUUAAGUCACUGAAACCCAUCACCCAGUUAUAUGUCAGUGUAGAUGCUGCAACAAAGGACUCUUUGAAGGCCAUUGAUAGACCACUCUUUGGAGAUUUCUGGGAGCGAUUCAUUGAUUCCUUGACUGCUCUAAAGCAAAAACAUCAGCGAACUGUAUACCGCUUGACCCUGGUGAAAGGUUGGAAUACUGAAGAUAUUGAUGCUUAUUCUAAGCUCUUUAGUAUAGGAGAACCUGACUUUGUUGAAAUCAAGGGAGUUACGUAUUGUGGCUCGUCCACUACAUCAAAAUUGACAAUGGAAAAUGUCCCUUGGCAUACUGAUGUCAAAGCUUUCUCUGAGGCCCUAGCUUUAAAAAGUCAAGGAGAGUAUGAAGUUGCAUGUGAGCAUGAGCACUCGUGUUGCGUCCUCUUAGCAAAAUCUAAUAAGUUCAAAAUUGAUGGCCAGUGGUAUACCUGGAUAGACUAUGAAAAAUUUCAUGAUCUGGUGGCAUCUGGAAGAACAUUUGACAGCAGAAAUUACAUGAGUGCCACACCAUCCUGGGCCGUCUAUGGAUCAGAGGAAAGUGGAUUUGAUCCAGGACAAUUGAGAUACAGGAAAGAGAGACAUCACAAGUCUAGCCGCAAUCAAUCAGGUUAGACAUAUAAGAGCCGUUGGCAGCCAACAUUAAUUUUCCUGUUGAUCCUUUUUCCUCAGUGUAUACCUCAGUAGGUUAUACAACAUCAAUAGGAUAGUUUUGUAAUACGUGGCUUCAUACAUAGGUUAGUACCAUUUCAGUGUAUUUAAGACCUGAUGUUUUCCCAAUCGGCAGUUCAACAAAUCAUUUUAUAAUUCUUAUUUACCCCAAAUAGUACUUUGGAUGUCAAUGUUGAGGUUGCAGAAGCAAUUUGUUUU